UGGGUUCGUGGUUGCCCCGCUGGUUCCCGUCCCGUCUUGGACAAGCUCAGAUCAGAUCCGACCAUCUCCCCUACCCCCCCGACUCCAGAGAGAUCUCGGCACCGCCGCCCGUCGCCAUGGCGGCGGCCAACGCUCCCAUCGCCAUGCGCGAGGCCCUCACGCUCACCAGCCUGGGCAUCGCCCCGCAGUUCGUCACCUUCACCCAUGUCACCAUGGAGUCGGAGAAGUACAUCUGCGUCCGCGAGACCUCGCCGCAGAACAGCGUCGUCAUCAUCGACAUGGCCAUGCCCAUGCAGCCGCUCCGACGCCCUAUCACCGCCGACUCCGCGCUCAUGAACCCGAACACCAGAAUCCUCGCCCUCAAAGCCCAAAUACCUGGGACUACACAGGAUCACCUUCAAAUAUUUAACAUUGAGGCUAAGACUAAGAUAAAGUCUCAUCAGAUGCCGGAGCAGGUUGUGUUUUGGAAAUGGAUCACUCCCAAGUUGGUGGGUUUAGUAACACAAACAUCAGUUUAUCACUGGUCAAUUGAAGGUGAUUCUGAGCCCACCAAGAUGUUUGAUAGGACAGCAAACUUAGCAAACAAUCAGAUCAUCAACUACCGAUGUGACCCAGCGGAGAAGUGGCUUGUGCUUAUUGGAAUUGCACCUGGUGCCCCAGAGAGACCACAACUGGUGAAGGGGAACAUGCAACUUUUUUCUGUUGACCAACAGCGUAGCCAGGCACUUGAAGCCCAUGCAGCAUCUUUUGCAACAUUUAAGGUUGUUGGUAAUGAGAACCCAUCAACCCUUAUUUGUUUUGCCUCGAAGACAACUAAUGCUGGACAGAUUACUUCAAAGUUACAUGUUAUUGAACUGGGCGCCCAGCCAGGGAAACCUGGCUUUUCUAAGAAACAAGCCGACCUCUUUUUCCCACCUGAUUUCCAGGAUGAUUUUCCUGUAGCUAUGCAGGUUUCACAAAAGUAUGGACUUAUCUAUGUAAUUACAAAGCUUGGCCUUUUAUUUGUAUAUGACUUGGAAACUGCCGCAGCAGUUUACAGAAAUAGAAUUAGUCCGGACCCUAUAUUCUUGACAGCAGAAUCUUCUUCAACUGGUGGAUUUUAUGCCAUCAACAGGAGAGGGCAGGUUUUACAUGCCACAGUUAACGAUGCAACUGUUGUGCCUUUUGUCAGUGGUCAAUUAAACAACCUUGAGCUAGCUGUGAAUCUUGCCAAGAGAGCCAACCUUCCUGGUGCAGAGAACUUGGUUGUACAAAGAUUUCAGGAACUGUUUGCACAAACAAAAUACAAGGAAGCAGCUGAGCUGGCCGCAGAGUCUCCUCAAGGGCUCCUGAGAACACCUGAGACCGUUGCAAAAUUUCAGAGUGUUCCUGUGCAAGCUGGGCAAACACCCCCACUGUUGCAGUACUUUGGUACAUUGCUAACUCGAGGGAAGCUUAAUGCCUUCGAGUCUCUUGAGCUAUCUCGACUUGUCGUCAAUCAGAACAAAAAGAACCUUCUGGAAAAUUGGUUGGCAGAAGACAAACUAGAGUGCAGUGAAGAACUUGGAGAUCUUGUCAAGACUGUGGAUAAUGAUAUGGCACUAAAAAUAUACAUAAAGGCUAGGGCAACCCCUAAAGUUGUUGCUGCUUUUGCUGAAAGGAGGGAGUUUGACAAGAUUCUUAUAUACUCAAAGCAGGUUGGGUACACUCCAGAUUAUCUGUUCCUCCUCCAGACCAUUUUACGUACAGAUCCACAGGGAGCUGUGAACUUUGCUCUCAUGAUGUCACAAAUGGAGGGAGGUUGUCCAGUAGAUUAUAAUACUAUAACUGAUCUUUUCCUUCAGAGGAAUAUGAUACGGGAGGCAACAGCUUUUUUGUUGGAUGUUCUCAAACCAAAUUUGCCAGAGCACGCUUUUCUUCAAACCAAGGUUUUGGAGAUAAACUUGGUGACUUAUCCAAAUGUUGCUGAUGCCAUUCUUGCUAAUGGUAUGUUCAGUCAUUACGACCGCCCUCGUAUUGCUCAGCUGUGUGAAAAGGCUGGCUUGUACUUGCGAGCUCUCCAGCAUUACUCAGAGUUACCUGAUAUCAAGCGUGUCAUGGUCAAUACCCAUGCCAUUGAGCCACAGGCACUCGUUGAGUUCUUUGGCACCCUGUCAAGGGAGUGGGCCUUGGAGUGCAUGAAGGACCUUCUAGUAGUCAAUCUGAGGGGAAAUCUUCAAAUAGUUGUGCAGGUAAUCCUGUUUAAUUUCCUGCGACCAAUCCCCUCACCCUACUGGCAGCUCUUUUUUCUGAAUGAUUCUAAUUAUUGUGAAUCUUUGGCACAUCUGCAGGCUGCAAAAGAAUACUCCGAGCAGUUAGGAGUUGACGCUUGCAUAAAACUAUUUGAGCAAUUCAAAUCUUAUGAGGGCCUUUACUUUUUCUUGGGAUCCUAUCUGAGCUCCAGUGAGGACCCAGAUAUCCAUUUCAAAUACAUAGAAGCAGCUGCCAGGACUGGACAGAUCAAAGAAGUUGAACGUGUAACUAGAGAGUCUAACUUCUAUGAUGCUGAGAAGACGAAGAACUUUUUGAUGGAGGCAAAACUACCUGAUGCCCGUCCACUGAUUAACGUUUGUGACCGCUUUGGUUUUGUGCCAGAUCUCACUCACUAUCUGUACACAAACAACAUGCUUCGGUAUAUCGAAGGCUAUGUGCAAAAAGUGAAUCCUGGGAAUGCUCCCUUGGUAGUGGGGCAACUACUUGAUGAUGAGUGUCCUGAAGAUUUUAUUAAGGGUUUGAUUCUCUCUGUUCGUUCCCUCCUUCCUGUUGAGCCACUGGUUGAUGAAUGUGAGAAGAGGAACCGCCUACGUUUGCUCACUCAGUUCUUGGAGCACUUAGUGAGUGAAGGUAGCCAAGAUGUACAUGUCCACAAUGCUCUUGGGAAAAUCAUCAUCGACAGCAACAAUAAUCCUGAGCAUUUCCUUACUACUAACCCAUUUUAUGACUCACGUGUUGUGGGUAAAUACUGUGAAAAGCGGGAUCCUACACUUGCUGUUGUUGCUUACAGACGUGGGCAGUGUGAUGAUGAACUUAUUAAUGUCACUAACAAAAACUCACUGUUCAAGCUGCAAGCUAGAUAUGUUGUUGAGAGGAUGGAUGGUGAUCUAUGGGAUAAAGUUCUUCAGCCUGAGAAUGAAUACAGAAGGCAACUCAUUGACCAGGUGGUUUCGACCGCAUUACCUGAGAGCAAGAGCCCUGAACAAGUAUCUGCUGCUGUUAAGGCUUUCAUGACUGCUGACCUCCCUCAUGAAUUGAUCGAGCUUCUUGAAAAGAUUGUUCUUCAGAAUUCCGCAUUCAGUGGAAACUUCAAUCUGCAGAACCUGCUCAUUUUGACUGCCAUCAAGGCAGACCCAUCCAGAGUCAUGGACUAUGUUAACAGACUUGACAACUUUGAUGGGCCUGCUGUUGGAGAAGUUGCUGUUGAGGCACAGCUGUAUGAGGAGGGUUUUGCAAUAUUCAAGAAGUUCAACUUAAAUGUGCAGGCUGUCAAUGUUCUCUUAGAUAACAUCCGGAGCAUAGAAAGGGCUGAAGAAUUUGCUUUCCGCGUUGAAGAAGAUGCUGUUUGGAGCCAGGUUGCCAAGGCCCAGUUACGUGAGGGUCUAGUCAGCGAAGCAAUCGAGUCCUUCAUUCGUGCAGAUGAUGCCGCACAUUUCCUUGAUGUCAUCCAUGCUGCUGAGGAAGCGAAUGUGUACAAUGAUUUAGUGAAGUACCUUCUGAUGGUAAGGCAAAAGGCCCGGGAGCCCAAAGUUGAUGGAGAACUCAUCUUUGCAUAUGCUAAGAUUGACAGACUCAGUGACAUUGAAGAGUUCAUUCUUAUGCCAAAUGUUGCCAACCUUCAAAAUGUCGGUGACCGUCUGUAUGAUGAAGAACUAUAUGAAGCUGCAAAGAUCAUCUACGCGUUCAUCUCAAACUGGGCUAAGCUGGCUGUUACCCUAGUUAAGCUGAAGCAGUUCCAAGGUGCUGUGGAUGCUGCUCGCAAGGCUAACAGUGCUAAGACAUGGAAGGAGGUCUGCUUUGCUUGUGUUGACGCUGAGGAGUUCCGUCUUGCACAAAUAUGUGGUCUCAACAUUAUUGUCCAGGUUGAUGACUUGGAAGAAGUGAGUGAAUACUACCAAAAUAGAGGAUGCUUCAAUGAACUUAUAGCUCUCAUGGAGAGUGGUCUUGGACUUGAACGUGCACACAUGGGCAUCUUCACAGAGCUUGGAGUUCUGUAUGCUAGAUACCGCUAUGAGAAGCUUAUGGAGCACAUCAAACUUUUCUCCACCCGUCUCAACAUUCCUAAGCUUAUCCGGGCUUGUGAUGAACAGCAGCACUGGAAAGAACUUACGUACCUCUACAUACAGUAUGAUGAAUUUGACAAUGCUGCCACCACUAUUAUGAACCACUCUCCAGAUGCAUGGGAUCAUAUGCAGUUCAAGGAUGUUUGUGUUAAAGUUGCAAAUGUUGAGCUAUAUUACAAGGCAGUUCACUUCUAUUUACAAGAGCACCCUGAUCUCAUCAAUGAUAUGCUAAAUGUGCUUGCGCUUCGUUUGGAUCAUACCAGAGUUGUUGACAUAAUGCGCAAGGCUGGACAGUUGCAUCUUGUGAAACCUUAUAUGGUUGCAGUUCAGAGUAACAAUGUCUCUGCUGUGAAUGAAGCGUUGAAUGAGCUUUAUGUUGAAGAGGAAGACUAUGAGAGACUCCGUGAAUCAGUUGACAUGCACGAUAACUUUGACCAGAUAGGUCUGGCCCAGAAGCUUGAGAAGCAUGAGUUGCUUGAGAUGAGGAGGAUUGCUGCCUACAUUUACAAGAAGGCUGGCAGAUGGAAGCAGUCCAUUGCUCUAUCAAAGAAAGACAACAUGUACAAGGAUUGCAUGGAGACAUGCUCGCAGUCUGGUGACCGUGAACUGUCGGAGGACUUGCUUGUCUAUUUCAUUGAGCAGGGGAAGAAAGAAUGCUUUGCUUCUUGCCUCUUCAUUUGCUAUGACUUGAUACGUCCGGAUGUUGCCCUUGAGCUUGCAUGGAUGAACAACAUGAUAGACUUCGCUUUCCCAUAUCUGUUGCAGUUCAUUCGCGAAUACAGCAGCAAGGUUGAUGAUUUAGUGAAGGACAAAAUUGAGUCGCAAAAUGAGGAAAGAGCGAAAGAGAAAGAGGAGAAAGAUCUUGUUGCUCAGCAGAACAUGUAUGCCCAGCUGCUUCCUCUCGCUUUGCCCGCUCCGCCGAUGCCAGGCAUGGGCGGUCCUCCACCUCCGAUGGGUGGAAUGGGCAUGCCUCCGAUGGGUGGAAUGGGCAUGCCUCCGAUGGGCCCUGGUCCGAUGCCAGCAUUUGGGAUGCCACCAAUGGGAAGCUACUAGGUUGAUUUUGCAGAGCGCUUAGAUGAUGAUUCGGAUUUUUCCAGUGUAAGCACAAGUUGAACUAUGGGGUUGUAGAUGAUCACAGUUUGGAAUUAAUAUUCUUUAUGGUACCAGGAAAUUUUGGCGAGUGAAAUCUCUAGCCAGAGUUUGAGAAAUGUUAUAAUCGGAUAGGAUGAGGAUGAGGAUGAUUAGGUUGAUUGAGCUGGAGCUGUUGAAAGCUGGUACCAUUUGUAUAGUGUGAGAAAUAUUUGUAGACAUUUUGCUUGUAUACCUGAUGGCCUCAGUGGCAGGCACAAACAAUGUAUGUUAUUUACAUUUUUUACGACCUACUGACUGUUUGUAACUGUUGUCAACUUCCGGUUACAUUACAUGAAUGUUUUCCUUUUACGCUGUA